UGUGUGUAAGUGUAUGUGUGAGUGUGUAAAUGGGCGCGGCUACGUCUGUGUGCUAUUCGCUGUGUUUUCUGUGCCGUGCUGCAGCUGCUGCUACAAAAACUGGUACUUUUAAGACUUUCCGCGGUUGCGAAACCUUUUCCACAGUCCACAGCUCAUUGCUAAAGACCUGCUGUCGGUCUGAUCCAGUAUCAACAUGUUCUACACCUGUGGUCCCAAUGAGGCGAUGGUGGUCUCAGGCUGUGGGCGCUCUCCUCCCAUCAUGAUUUCAGGUGGAAGAGUGUUUGUCCUUCCCUGCAUUCAGCAAAUCCAAAGGAUAUCUCUGAAUACUCUGACUCUGAAUGUAAAGAGUGAUAAAGUCUACACCAGGCAUGGAGUGCCCAUCUCAGUCACUGGCAUCGCACAGGUGAAGAUCCAGGGUCAGAAUAAGGAGAUGCUGGCCACAGCCUGUCAGAUGUUCUUGGGUAAAACUGAAACUGAGAUUUCUCAGAUCGCUCUGGAGACGCUGGAGGGCCACCAGAGAGCCAUCAUCGCUCAUCUGACUGUGGAGGAGAUUUAUCAAGAUCGUAAGAAGUUUUCAGAGCAAGUCUUCAAGGUGGCUUCAUCUGAUCUGGUCAACAUGGGUAUCGGAGUGGUCAGCUACACACUGAAAGACGUUCACGAUGAUCAGGACUACCUCCAAUCUCUGGGUAAAGCUCGUACUGCCCAGGUUCAGAGAGACGCUCGCAUCGGUGAGGCUCAGUACAAGAGGGACGCUGUUAUCAGGGAAGCUCAUGCCAUGCAGGAGAAGGUAUCUGCACAGUACGUGAACGAGAUUGAGAUGGCGAAAGCUCAGAGAGACUACGAGCUGAAGAAAGCUGCCUACGACAUCGAGAUCAACACCAAGAAGGCGGAGUCUGAGAUGGCCUAUCAGCUUCAGGUGGCGAAGACGAAGCAGCGCAUCGAGGAGGAGAAGAUGCAGGUGAUGGUGGUGGAGCGCACGCAGCAGAUUACCCUGCAGGAACAGGAAAUUUCCCGUAAGGAGAAGGAACUGGAGGCCAAGGUGAAGAAGCCGGCCGAGGCCGAGAAGUACCGUCUGGAGAAACUCGCUGAGGCUGAACGUCUGCAGCUGAUCAUGGAGGCUGAAGCUGAGGCCGAGUCUAUUAGAAUGAAGGGCGAGGCGGAGGCGUUUGCUUUGGAGGCUAAGGGCCGAGCCGAGGCUGAGCAGAUGGCCAAGAAGGCCGAGGCUUUUAAGCAGUAUAAGGAGGGAGCCAUGGUGGACAUGCUGCUGGAGAAACUGCCUCUGAUGGCAGAAGAGAUCAGCAAGCCUCUCUCUGCAGCGCAGAAAGUGACCAUGGUGUCGAGCGGCGGCUCUGAGGUGGGAGCGGCUAAACUGACCGGAGAAGUUCUGGACAUCAUGACCCGUCUGCCUGCAACCAUAGAGAAACUGACCGGAAUCAACAUCUCUCAGGUUUCCUCCACUCGCAUGGGCUGAACAGGAUCCUGACAGAACUGGAGGUGGGGAGUCUGCAUGAAGAAUGGUAGUACCUCCCCCUGAUCAAAUCUCUAUGCAUAUCUGAAUGGCUGUUCUGAUCUACAAUCCACGAUAAUUUAAGGCUUUUUUUUUUUUAUAUAACUCUUCAUUAUUUAGGACGUGCUGUAAUUUAGACAUUUGGGGGUCCAUAAUAUGUGUUCAUAUUUCAUGUACAUUCUGUUGUUUUUUUAUAGUCUUGUUUGUUACAUAUAUAUAUAUAUAUAUAUAUACACACACACACACACAUGUCAGACCUGAAGUGCAUUCUCUGGGCAUAGCCAGUGCAAUUCUGCCUUACCUUCUGUGCCCUUUCAGCUACUGUACCUGUACAAUGCUACCUUUAACCAUACAGGUGUUCAGACUUGUACAACCUGUUGAUCUAGUUGAAGAAGAAUUAAUUAACGGAUGUAGGAUGUUGGCGGUAUUCUGAUGACAAUACAUUUUGAGCCAGAAGUCAGUUUAUCAUUUAGGAAGGUUUUUUUGUUUUGUUUUAAAGCUGUAGCUUGUAAAAAAUGCCUUACUAACACUUCUUUAAUAUUUGUAAUAUUUCACUGUGCCUAUAUUCAUUCAUUUUAUUCAUUACGCCAGACCCUGGCUGUGAGUGUCCCAUACAUGGGAAAUGUGAAUGUGUUUUAAGGACUUUUAGGUCUUUAUAUUGCUAUUCUGUUCUCCUCUGUACUCAACUGAAAAAAAAAAUAUUAUAUACACCGUCCAGAACCCAUUAUCAGUUUUUUAUUUUUUUUUUUCAAAACACUGUAGUUUUGCUGUUUCUCUCCAUAUUUGAUUAUAUAAUCCUCCUUUCACCAUGUUCUCCAAUGAUCAGGACCCACAUUACAGAGCAAAUAUGUACAAAUGAAGGUCGCACUUCAAUUUCUGAAUCAGUUUCUCUGAUUUUGCUAUUUAUAGGUUUAUGUUUGAGUAAAAUGAACAUUGUUGUUUUAUUCUAUAAACUACAGACAACAUUUCUCCCAAAUUACAAAUAAAAAUAUUCUCAUUUAGAGCAUUUAUUUACAGAAAAUGAGAAAUGGCUGAAAUAACAAAAAAGAUGCAGAGCUUUUAGACCUCAAAUAAUGCAAAGAAAACAAGUUCAUAUUCAUAAAGUUUUAAGAGUUGUGAAAUCAAUAUUUGGUGGAAUAACCCCGAUGGUUUUUAAUUACAGUUUUUUUUUCAUGCAUCUUGGCAUCAUGUUCUCCUCCACCAGUCUUACACACUGCUUUUGGAUAACUUUAUGCUGCCUUACUCCUUUUGAUGGCUUGUGAUUAUCCAUCUUCCUCUUGAUUAUAUUCCAGAGGUUUUACAUUUGGUAAAAUCAAAGAAACUCAUCAUUUCUAAGUGGUUUUAAGCUGUAUAUGAUUAUUCUCAGUACUGCAGUGAUUAGCAUGGUGGUGGUGUAUGAGGUGUUAGUGUGUGUUGAGCUGAUGGUACAGUGAGCGGAUCAGAUACAGCAGCAGUGCUGCUGGAGUUUUUAAACUCCUCAUUUUCACUGCUGGACUGAGAACAGUCCACCAACAGUCAUACCAGCUCAACACACACUAACACCUGACCUCAUACACCACCAUAGCUGCUCUUUGGUGCUUUUCUAUCCUGUGGGUGCUGAGUAUUGAAGAACGGGAUGAAAAUAAGGGGGAGAAUAAUAAAGUAUACAGAGAAACAGAUGAUAUAAAAUGUCCUAUUUGGACAAUUUAGAAUGUUUCUACAGCCCAAAACAAUCUACAGCAAUCUUCUUCAAAAUUACACAGAUUUUAGAGACUAUUGUAAACUUCUGAUUGGUCCAUUUGGCAUGGUGUUUGUGUUAAUAAACACAAUAUAAAAAAGGGUAGCUGUCGGUUUCGCUGGAACAGCGAUGUUCAGAAACCUCAGACCUCAGUCAGAGCAGAACAGUAGAACGUGAUUUGUAAAAAUCAGAAGUGUGUAGAGGUGUGGGGGCGGCAGGAAGUGUGUGUGUGUGUUUCUGCUGCUGUUUGUUCUGCAGGAGAUUAAAGGAAAGGUAGUGGUUUGGAGAGAAGUGUGUUAAAGGUAGGCGAGGGCAUCGCGCCACACGAACGCUGUGUGUGGAGGAGGGUGUAGAAGGUAGAGGAAGGUAAUGAUUUAGGUUAUAAGCGUUUAUAAAGGUCAGGAGAGUGAAGUAUGCAUGAUAUCUCCUCUAUAUAUAUAUAUAUAUAUAUAUAUAUAUCUGUAUGUUGUAUUUAGUGGCAUUACUUACCUGUUUAUUAGAGAUGCACUGUAAACCUAUUUUUACUAUUAAUCCAAAUGGUCAUAUCAUUCUUGGCUAUAUUAUGAAUAUGCAAAUAAUCCUCUAAUCAGCUUCCCAAAAUUAUCAUAAUGCAACAAUGAUUGUAAAGAGCAUCUUUACACUGUGAGCAUCCUGACCAAUAGUGGCCUGGUUUAUUGAUAAGUGCCAGCCUUAACGCUGUCACAUUAAUGAUGUCAUAAUUUGGGUCGCCCAUGAUGGAAGUUAUUGCAAUAUACAGCUCUGGAAAAAAUAAAGAAAACACUUCAGUUUCUGAAUCAGUUUCUCUGAUUUUGCUAUUUAUAGGUUUAUGUUUGAGUAAAAUGAACAUUGUUGUUUUAUUCUAUAAACUACAGACAACAUUUCUCCCAAAUUCCAAAUAAAAAUAACAAAAAUAUUGUCAUUUAGAACAUUUAUUUGAGAGAGCUUUCAGACCUCAAAUAAUGCAAAAACAAGUUCAUAUUCAUAAACUUGAAUAACCCUGGUUGGUUUUUAAUCACUUUUUUUUUCAUGCAUUUUGGCAUCAUGUUCUCCUCCACCAGUCUUACACACUGCUUUUGGAUAACUUUAUGCUGCUUUACUCCUGGUGUAAAAAUUAAUUCAAGCAGUUCAGUUUGGUGGUUUGAUGGUUUGUGAUCAUCCAUCUUCCUCUUGAUUAUAUUCCAGAGGUUUUUAAUUUGGUAAAAUUAAAGAAACUCAUCAUUUUUAAGGUCUCUCUUAUUUUUUUUUCUAGAGCUGUAUAUGACUUAACAGCAAAAUACUGUUUUAUGUUCCUUUCAUAUGAACAUUUUAUGUUAAAAUCGUUAGUAGUUUAUUAGAAUAGAAUAUGAUUAAAUAUAUUAUUGCCUUGUUUUUUUUAGAUAUAUACAUAUAUAUAUGCCUGUUUUAUGCAACCUGACCAUUGCUAAUGGUAUUUCAUUGGUAAAAGCUUUAGAUUUGCUAGAGAGAAACGGCGACAUCUUGUGGAUGAAGACAGAAGUGCAUUUAUAAUGUAUUAAAGGUCUAAUCAGUCUAAUCAAAACUUAAAGGAAUAUUUUAGAUCAUUUAUCAUGAUUGAUCACUGAGCUCAAAUUUAGUCAGUCAGUCAGGCUUUGUUAGUUUGGAACUACAGAUGCUACGCUGCUAAUGCUAACUCUAACCCUGUAAGUCACAUGAUGUUCUAAAACCACAUCCUUCAGUCUGCAACAACUGAUGAAGAAGAUCUGGAUGUGUUUUGAGAGAUGAUACUAGUGACUGAUUAUUAGAAACGUUAGCAUCUAGCUUAGCAUCUCCUCUAAUAAAUUGAGCCCUUCCUGUAAAUAUCAUGUCAAAAUAUGUCAUUUUCCUGCUCAAUAAUAUGGUUAUUUAUAAGAAUGGCUCAAUUAAAAAAGCACACCUUAGAUACCCAACACUCCUUUAUUGAUCAGCUGUAUUUGUGAUCAGUCAUUUAAUCAUAUUAAUAAUUAAUUGAUAGCUGAAUUAGUCUAUUCCUAUCUAUUACUGUCUGUUAAUUUUCCAGUCAAUGUCCAGUUUCUUGCCUUCGGUCGCCAACAAGUGCCUAAAAACAUCUGUUAGACCAGGAUUGUGCAGUUCUGCAGGUCCUGGAUGGUCUGGAUUCCUGUUCAGUUCUGUGCUUUUCCUGGUAAAACUCUCCACCCUGUUAUUUGCAGGUAAAAUAAGUUUGUCUGUUAAAGGACAACACUGGUGUGAAAUGGACUUUAGGUGUAUAUAUGAAAACUUGUUAAAAAAAAUACUGGAUGUCAGAAAACUGCAGGGGAGUGGACGAGAGCUAUUCAACAAAGAUAAGUACUUAUUUUUUAUCAUGUUUUAAUAAAUACACUUAAAGUGCAUUUCACACCAGAGUUCUCCUUUAAAGCAGAGAAAUCUGCAAACUGUGCUCAAAUCCAGAUCUCCAGGACCAGAAAACAGCCCAGCCCUGGCUUCGUUUUAUGUUGCUACUUUCACACAGCAGGUAAAUGUGGCCCAAAUCUGAUUUUCUCAUCGAAUCCAUCGCUUCACGUGAAGUUUCGGUUUCAUCCUUGCAGUUCCAGGUUUGAAAAGUGUCUGAAAGCUGAGCUUAUUACCGUUAAAGAUGUACGUGUUCAAGCUCCCUACAAAAAAACAUGUUUUUUCCAUCUGUGGCCUUUCCUUUUUUUUUUUUAAUAAAUUUUGCCCUCUUGUGGCCAUGUUCUUUCAUUUCAUAAGAAACAUGGCGCAGUUUUUUUUUUUUAUCUUCUCCUUGACUUAAAAGUUGCAUGAAUUCGAAUCUGGCUGUUCAGAUUUUGUCGCAUUGCCUUGAGGCGGAUAUGUAUGCAAAUUUCGGGUUUGGGCCACUUCUACCUGCUAUGUGAGCGUAGCCUUAGACUGACCUUUUCCAGUUCCAACCAUUUAAUACCUCAACUGUAGAGAAAUGAAUGUCUCUGCACUUUCAGCGCUCACUUACUCUUCUGGUUUUUUUUUUAAUGUUCAUCAGAAUUAGGGCUGCACGAUAUAGCGAUUAAGCAUAGUCAUCGCAUGAGUGAACGUGAGAUAACUGCACGCAUGGUCUCCAUAAUCCACAUGGUUGGGCACGUGCUCGUAAAUGUGAGCAGGGGUGGAAAGCUGUGCAGAGCUCAGUCCACCAGUUUUGCAGCGCAGAUAUUUCCAGUUACAGCUGAAUUCAUGCUUUUAAUCUCAGAAAAACCUAUUCUUGCUCUUAGUUACCUUUUAAAAAGACAUUUAAAUGUCUGAUUAAAGGAUCGAUUACUGUUGUUUUGCUGUUUUCCUCUGAGUUUGAGGCUCGGUGCUGACUAAUGUUAUCAUGUUAAUCUGAGCUAAAGGCUAAAGCUGCUGUUUCCAUGUGGGUCAGCCAGACGUCUUCCUGUAGCAGUUUUCUCUCCAGUUUAGAGUCUUUUUUAUGUAAAAUAGUCAAGCAACAUAAAAUAAGACAAGACAGGGGCUGUUGACUCAGCUCAGAAAUUUUUUUCUCAAUAUCGUGCUACCCUAAUCAGAAUCAUUAAUAAGUCUUGUUUUUCCUCUAUUGUUAGCAUUAGCCUGUGCUCUUGCUGUUCUGUACGUCACACUAAUAUAUUAACGUGUGUACCGUGUUGCUGAAUAUGUGAUAUGUGUAAGUAGUGAACUGAAUGAUUGAUUGUAAAAUUGUUCAUUAUUAAAAAAUAAAUAAAUAAAAAAUAACA